GAAAGAUUAUGCUCAUGGGCACAAAACAAUAUAUAUUUCUCUGACUCAAAUUUAUCUAUGUAUCUAUCCAAAUUUUGAAAACGUUCUUUUUGAUUUUUCAUAGCGAUGCGUUUCUUAAUAGGAUUCAUUUGCUUGUUGUUGGUCACCAUCCCGGCCGUUAAGGCUGCGUCAUACCAGCGCAUAUUCGGAUCUCUCAGAACAGAAAAGGUCGAGCGAAGUGAUACCAAACUUCAUGCACUUGCGAAUAAACCGGCAAAUGAUGCAGUCUUGGCAGGCGAAGGUAAUGUCAGCGGAGUGACGGGCAAAGGGAUAAUGUGUCCUGUACGACGUUCUCACAUGCUGAAAAAUUGGGAUAAAAACCAAAAAGGCUUUUGA